CGGCCUGGUGCUGGGCACAGCGGCACGAUGAAGUGGGGCAGCCUCUUGGUGCUGGCGGGGCUCCUCGCCCUCUGGGCCGGUCUGCAGCCGGCGUCUGGGCAGUUCUCUCCACGUGUCUGCAGGCUUCCCCCGGAGACCGGUCUGUGCCAGGCCUACAUCCCCAUGUACUACUACGACACCGCCACACGCAGAUGCAAGGAGUUCAUCUAUGGGGGCUGUGGGGGCAAUGGGAACCGGUUCCGCACUGAAGCAGCCUGUCUCCAGGCCUGUGGGCGCAAGCCGGGAGGCGACUUGAGUUUGCUGGGCGGGGACGUCCUCCUCUACCCAGUGGACCUCUGCCGGCUGCCCCCAGAAACCGGCCCCUGCAAGAUGAACCUCCUGCGCUAUUACUACAACUGGGUCACCAGGACCUGCCAACAGUUCACUUAUGGCGGCUGCCAGGGCAAUGCUAACAACUUUAAGACCCGCCUGGAGUGCGAGAACAGGUGCAAGGUGGGCGGGAAGGGGCUGAGCCUGCCAGGGCCGGACGCUGCGAGAGGCAUGGCGGCACCGGGGCGAUGGCCGGACGUGCAGGGAAGGGUGAAGCUGGGGAGACCCGGCAGGUGCCCCCAGCUCACGGGCCCUGGGAUUUGCAUGGAUCAGUGCACGAACAAUGAUCUGUGUCCUCAGGGGCAGAAAUGCUGCAGCAAUGGCUGUGGCCAUGAAUGCAUGGGGGCCGUAUGAAGAGGGCAGCCCCCAGAGUGACCCCACGGACAGCGGGGCCUGAGGGUCCUGGACCUCCCACGGACCCGUCCUGGCUCCAGACACCGAUGGGGCACGUGACCCCAGCACCAGCAAUCUGCUUCCCGCACCGCCCUCCCCACACGAUCGCAGCUCCUUCCUGCAGCAAUAAAGACCCCGCUUUGCGGCUUCCUGCAACCUC